UCAGUUUGCGAACCUGAAAGCGCUCCUCCUUGUCAUUUUCAUUACUUAAUUACUCUCUGUCUGUCUCUCUCUGUAUGGAUAACAAUAAUCAUCAUUACUAAUUAAAAAUCAUUAUAAAAAAAUCCCAAGUCAUUCAGUUUUGUCUUCGAUCCUCAAAUCGAAUUCCCAUUCAAGUUUGUCUCGAGUCGAUCACUUCGCUCACUCUUCUCAAUCUAAAGGUAUGGCAUCAUCUGAUAAGCCAGAGAUAGUUGAAAGGGAUGUGAAAGGGAAAGAACACAAAGAAGAUGACAAAGAUGAUGGGAAGGGUGGAUUUAUUGAUAAAGUAAAGGAUUUCAUUCAAGACAUCGGUGAGAAGAUUGAGGAAACCAUUGGAUUUGGCAAGCCAACUGCUGAAGUUGCAGGGAUUCACUUUCCCAAAAUUAAUCUUGAGAAGGCAGAUAUAGUUGUUGACGUCCUUGUGAAAAAUCCAAAUCCGAUUCCCAUCCCUCUUAUCGACAUAAACUACUUAAUCGAGAGCGAUGGAAGGAAACUGAUUUCUGGGUUGAUCCCUGAUGCUGGGACAAUCCAUGCUCAUGGUUCUGAGACUGUCAAGAUACCGGUUACUUUGAUAUAUGAUGACAUUAAAAAUACAUAUGCUGAUAUAAAGCCUGGAAGUAUCAUUCCUUAUAAGGUCAAGGUUGACCUCAUAGUUGAUGUCCCGGUUUUUGGGAGGCUGACUCUGCCAAUUGAGAAAACAGGAGAGAUCCCCAUACCUUACAAGCCUGAUAUUGAUGUUGAGAAAAUACAUUUUGAGAGAUUCUCUCUUGAAGAAACUGUUGCUAUUCUUCAUUUGAAAUUGGAGAAUAAGAAUGACUUUGAUUUGGGCCUCACUGAUCUAGACUAUGAGGUUUGGCUUUGUGAUAUGAGCAUUGGAAGUGCAGAUCUAGCAAAAUCUACUAAGCUUGAUAGAAAUGGUAUUAGUCGCAUUGAAAUUCCCAUCACCUUCAGGCCCAAGGACUUUGGCUCUGCUCUUUGGGACAUGAUUAGAGGAAAAGGUACGGGCUACUCCAUGAAAGGGAACAUUAAUGUGGAUACACCCUUUGGAGCAAUGAAGUUACCCAUCAGCAAGGAGAGCGGCACAACCCGCCUUAAAAAGGAUGCAGAUGAUGAUGAUGAUGAUGAGGUAUGUUGACUCUGCUACUUUUUG